AUGUCUACCGCAAAGUGGUUUCGUCUUAUUUCUACCCAACGUCUUUAUCGGUCCUCCCAGACCACUACUGUCGUUGGGCAGAAGGCUUACAUUUUUGGGGGUGAACUGAUUCCCCGACAACCUGUCGAUAAUAAAUUCGAUGUUGUCGAAAUUUUUCCUGGAAAUAACUCUUCUGCGCAGACAGUUCCAGCUCCCACUGAAGCGCCUAUCCCGCGCGUGGGCAGCGCGAGCACCGCUCUCCAGGGAAAGAUCUGGAUAUUCUCAGGUCGCGGCGGCCUUGAGAUGAAACCAGUUGAGGAGCAUGGAUCUUUGUGGUGUUAUGACCCCAGAACGUCUAGCUGGGCAUUGGUCAAGCCUACCGGCGCGCCUUACCCUGCUGGAAGAAGCUAUCACUGCAUGGCGUCAAACGGCACCAACAAGAUAUUUGUGCACGCUGGAUGCCCGGAAUCUGGACGUCUAUCCGACUUCUGGUCCUUUGACAUUGAAACAAGUACCUGGACUGAGCUGCCCUCUGCGCCGGCGCCGGCAAGAGGUGGUGCCUCCAUCGCGUACAAUCAGGGCAAAGUGUACCGCAUCAACGGUUUUGACGGUAAGACGGAAUUAGGUGGCGUGCUCGACGUUUUCGACAUUGCAUCACAGUCGUGGGCGUCAGUUCCCUACACGCCAGACGGCGUUCACGGCCCCGAACCGCGCAGCGUCGCUGUGUUGCUGCCGCUUACGAUCCACGGCAAAGCGCACCUCAUCACAAUGUUUGGCGAGCGAGAUCCCAGCGCCCUCGGACAUGCCGGCGCGGGCAAGAUGCUUGCCGAUGCGUGGGUCUGGGAUGUCACGCAGGCGAACUGGCACAAGCUGGAGACGGAUGGUGAGGUACCUGAGCCCCGAGGGUGGUUCGACGCCGAUGUAGUCGAGACUGGAGAUGCCAUUGUUCUGCAUGGAGGUAUCAACGAAGAAAACAAGAGACUUGGCGAUGUUUGGAGAUUGAGCUUCUGA